ACACACAGAAAGAGAGAGAGGAGAAGGGAGCAUAUAAAGAACUGCAGAGAACAAGGCGGACUUUAUCCAGCUUGUCUGUCCCGCUCACCCAGACCUGACAGGAAAGUCCUCUCCAUCUCCUCCUCCCCCCCUUCAGCAGCACGCACUCACAACUCCCUCUGACCAUGUGGCGGAUCCACAGCAUGGCCGUGGCCCUGGCGCUCUGCACGCUGCUGCUGCGCGGUGAUGGUGUGAUGGGCCAAGAUGAUCUGGUUACAGAAGCACCUGCAGAGGAUCCAGCUGAUGAUGGUGGGUGUCCACCUGGUCAAUUUACUGUCUGCCUCGAUGAUCCAGAUUAUGAUGUGACUCCUGCUGUCAUGGACGCCGACUCGCAGCCCGAAAUCACAGAUGCUCCGCAUUCUGGAGCCUCUCCGGUGACCGAUGGAGAUUCUGAUGCACCCGCGGGGAACACUAGUCCUCCGGCGAGCAGCCCAGAUAAGCCCUCGGGGACCACAGCCGGUCCUGGUGCACACGCUGACCAAGGCCCCGUGGUCGUAGAGACGUCCGAUUCUUCCAACAUCAUUAAACCGAAGCCCUCGGUGGAGUGUGUCGGCAAGGAGGAGAUCGAGGAGAGUCGAGCCGUCAAAGCUGUGGUCGCCACUAUUGACUGCGAGUACACCAAGCGGCUCAUUGAGUCCAGCAACGUGCGGUGCCACACUGAUAACUGUCACAUCAAAGUGCACCAGGAGGGAAACAACGUCCAGAUGGUCAGGAAUGAUGCGAGACCACAUACUCUGGUUGAAGCCCUCCAGGGGGAAUGGAAGAAUGAGCUGGGUGUGACGAAUGUGGAGGCGCCCCCGUCUUCGUCCUCGUCAAAUCGUUCCGUAUUCGUGGGGAUCCUGAUCACCGGUCUGCUGGUGGCGGCUGCCAUCGUCGCCGCGUACUGCAAAUGUCAGCGCCGGACUGACAGCAAGGGAGUCAAACUGGCCGAGGAGACUUACCCAGUGGACCUGGAGAACCAGGGCAACACGCUGGUGUCCGUGGCCCCCCUCAACCCCCCCACGGAGGGCCAGGAGAAAACCAACGCCGUGAACGGAGAGUCUCCUGAAGCUGCAAAGAUUGAGGCUCCGCCUCCGACUAACGGUCACUCUGCCGCCAAGACUGCAGACACCGAGCUGUGAAACCCCCCCCCCCCACCCA